AUGCGAACCCCUCAAACAGAGGAAGGUCGUCGGGUGGCGUUGAAUAGCAACAUGGAAUUGCCGAGAAUAACUGUCAAUGGUCACGCGUCACGUCCGCCCUGUUCUCAUUUGGCAAUCAACGUCAAUCAAUGCAAUCAAUGCACCCGUCGUGCUACCAUCACACGCAGUCGACAGUCAUUUCUCCCGAAGAAUAUCUUCUUCAUGGUGAGUACCGUUGUACCGGAAUGCGGUUUAUCGGCUCUUCACGCGUCGACUAUCUCAAUGGAACAGCACGCAGGACGGACGGUUCCAUUGAAUUUGGACUGGCGCAAUAAGGAAGCUGCCAAGAAGCUACUGACCACAGGAACCAUUCUCGGUCAAUUCGGGUCAAGAUAUUCAUUGUCAAGAGUGACGAUUCUUCGUGUACCGUUACACUGGCAGUCGUACGACAUCGCCCCGGCGAUACCGCGAACGUUCUUCUCCUGGGCUUACAACCAGAACGUGUACAGCCUGCGACUGUCGGACAUUCAUACGUUUACGAUACUCCAUUCUCAGGAGCAGUUGAAGACCGAGCGUCCUCCCCAGAUAAAAAAUCACAACUUCCAAAUCCCGAGUCAUGAAAUAUCACUCAGAGUAAAAUUCAGUCCCCGGGACGAAAUCGAGACCGAGGAAGGCGCAAUCGCUAGGAACUUCAAUACGCUUCUUCUGAAAAUCUUGAAUAUCCUUCGUGAUUGCCCACUGAAGCGCUUACCGAACCUUCUAGAUACACCUGCGGCUCCGCUACCGGACACUAAUCCAAUUCCUUGGUGCUUCUACAAAAUCGCGUCCAACAUCGAGUGUUCUCUCAGCUUGACGCUUCCCCAACAUCGCUCCAGCUAUCUCCCCUCUGCUUUCAGCGCUGAGCAGCUCCCUUGCAACUCUAAAAAUUCAGCGACCACUAAAUUAUGA